UAGUGUAGACUCAUGUGAGUGUACGAGUAAACCACAUUUUCCAUUUGAUCAUAACAUCUAUAACACAUAUCUCUGUACAACAACACAACACAAAUAUGGAAAAAUGUGGUGUAGAUGUAGGCAGAUCAGGCAGUUAGGCAGUUACAUGCCUUUUCUUUUAAAUACAACCAAUCACGUCAUCAAUGAAUACAACCAAUCACAUGUCAACAAAUCAGAUCCUGGGUGUGCUCAGUACAGACCGCCUGUAGUAUGAAUAUAAAAUCAAACCGCGCUUCAAGUGCAUUCACAUUCUGUUAAUAAAUGAGACACAAACACUGUAGAAUUGAUAAGAAAUGAACAAUGAGCAGUUUCUGGAUUUUACUUUUCAUCUUCAGCACCAUGUAUACACUCCAUCCCGGUAGACACUUGUUUACUGCACAAUCUCCAACAAAGCCACCAGUUUAUCAGCCUGAUAAAGAGCUUAAAGUGAAUAUCGGAGACUCGGCGACUCUACAGUGUUGUAGUUCAAAAAAACAAAUAAUAGUCUGGUAUAAGCAACCAAACAGAGAAAAACCUCAGAUUAUAGUCACUGUGUAUAAAGAUAGUAAAGAAACUUUUCACAAUGGAUUCCAAAAGUCUUGUUAUCAAAUAGAAAGAUCUUCAAACUGCAUCAAUAUGACUAUUUUAAACAUCACUCAGUCUGAUGAAGCCAUGUACUACUGUGCAGUGACGACACCUUACCUUGGGUUUGGAGAUGGAACUUAUUUACAAAUUAAAGGUGAUCAUGUUACUAUUGCAACAGAAUCAGAAAUGAUCAGUGAUCGUACAGUGAAAUGGACAGUGAUCGGUUUGGGAUCGGCUUUGGGUUUGUGCGCACUUCUGAUUUUCUGUCUCACUUAUUUCAUACUGAGGAGAAGAAAACCUGAAACCUCUAGAUCUAACACUGCUGUAGAAGAUGCUCCAGGAAAAAUGCAGGAAUCUGAAGCUGAAUCACUGAAUUAUGCGGCUUUGCAAUUCUCCAAGAGGAAAACCAAAGCUGAAAAGAGAAAACCCGUCUCAUCAGAUGAGUGUGUGUACUCUGAUGUGAAGAAAUCUGUAAGAUAACAUAAAUGUCUCAUGAUCAAACACAUGGUACUAUUACACAAAGAUAACCUUUUAGCAAAGAAAAAUAUCUCGACUAGAGUAAAAUAUAAUCCUUAAUUAUCAUUACGAGUUAGAAAUCUACAUUAAUGUCAAGUCUUGAAAUUUUCACGAUGAUUUCUUUCAAUUGUCCUGAUCUUACAUUUCACCAGCAGUAAAUCUAAU